AAAUGAGUUCAGCAAAGGGGAAUAAGUUGGUCCGAAUAAAAGUUAAAGUUGAUGAUAAAAUAAUUUUUUAUAUAGUGUCACAACAAAUCAGAGCACAAUUUAUUAAACCAAUAACGGAGUAAGUUCCAGAGAAACAUAUAUGGUCAGAAAUUAGGAUAAUUCCCGAAAAACUUACCUCAAUGUGACAAUGGAGUCUUACUUGAUGAUGUUGUAUGUGACCUUAGAGCAGGAGUCGGCUCUCAAAAACUUCUUUGUGGAUCAGGGAUGGACAUUUUGUAAACCAGAUUUAUCAGUUACAACAGACAAAGUUGGACCAAGUGUUACUACACCAGUAGUUCCACUGAAAGAUAUAGCUGCUGCUGACGAUACUGUUGCUGAUCAAAACAAACAGUCGUCAAGAUUUGUUGUAAAGGAACCAGAAUCAAUCCCAAAAACAGAUUCACCACAAACAAGAAAUAAAGGUAAAAGAAAAACAGAAUCACCACUAGCAACAGCAACAAAUGUUAAACAACCUAAAGUUUUGUUGCCUCAAUCAACUGUGACUGUGCCAAAAAGUAGUGAAUCUGUAAGUUCUAAGACAGAAGUUGUAGAUAAACCACUUAGCUCAAGUAGCAAUUUAACACCUAUCACUGUGCUUGGAGAAGAUGGGAAACAUUUUACUAUAAAAAUAGAACAGGAUGGUGAUGAUUUGCAAGAAAAUGUUAUUCAAGCAGAAAGCAGAUAUGAUGGAAUUUGUGCUAAUUCUAGUGAUAAUGUGAUGUGCAAUGAUAAUAAUAGUUUUUACGAUGGUGGAGAUGAUAACUUUCAUGAUGACGGUGAUGAUAUUAAUGAUGAGUCUACAGAUAUGGAUUACAGUAAUGAUGGAGCAUUAGGAAAUACAAGUGUUAACACAGAAAAUCAGUUGUCAGCAGGUGAUUCAAUGGGCUCUGCUUCACUGAAAGGAUCUACCAAGUCCAAAGGCAAAGGGGUCGAUCUUAAAGCGGUACAAAAUGUUUUUAAACAAAGUAAAAAGAUACCGGUACAAUACGGAAUUAAAACUGAAGAAAUUGAAAUCAGUUCAAGAACUGAUGACAAUAGUUGUUUUAUAUGUGGAAAAAUUGCUUUAGUACAUCGAAAAGCUUAAAAAAUCAUCUAAUGACUCACGU